UUUGUUUUUUGCUUUCUCCAGAAUCUGGAAAUAAAGACAGACUCUGCAAAGGCAUUAGCAGAAUCAUUAGACAAAGCUGAAUCUCCUGAUUUCCCAUACCUAAACACACUGUUGCGAAUUUUGACCACUCGCUGCAUGAUGCAAGCUGUGUAUUUCUGUUCUGGAAUGGAUAGUGAUUUUCAUCACUAUGGUUUAGCUUCGCCUAUUUAUACCCACUUUACCUCACCUAUUCGAAGGUACGCUGACAUUAUAGUUCAUCGUCUUUUGGCCGUGGCCAUAGGAGCAGACAGUACCUAUCCGGAACUUACUGAUAAACAUAAACUGGCAGAUCUGUGUAAAAAUCUCAAUUACCGGCAUAAAAUGGCUCAAUAUGCACAAAGAGCAUCUGUUGCUUUCCACACACAGCUGUUCUUUAAAACUAAGGGAGUAGUGAAUGAAGAUGCGUAUAUAUUGUUUGUAAGAAGAAAUGCAGUUGUGGUUUUGAUUCCCAAGUAUGGGUUAGAAGGAACAGUCUUCUUUGAAGAAAAAGAUAAGCCAACACCAAAACUUGAUUACAACAGUGAGGUACCAUCACUUACUGUGGAAGGCACAACACUAUGUGUAUUUGACAAAGUCAAAGUGAACAUUACGUUAGAUGCUUCCAACAUUCAACAUCAGAAAAUUCGGAUGGAAUUGGUAGAACCAAAGAUACUUGCAAGUGGUGUUCCUGCACAUUUAUCUACGGAGACAAACCACAGCAAUGAACCAGAAAAAAAGAAGAAGAAGCUAGAAGCUGCACCAGUAGCAAGGAGCAACUGACAUCGAUUCUGGUGCCUCCUGUGGUUGAUCAGGUUGGUCAGUUCGGAUGCCUUACUCCAGCUCGGCUUGGAGUGUGGGAAUACAAGAAAAACUGUUCAGAGCAGCAGCUGUGGAGCGAGAUAAACAGAAUGAGAACCAAGGACGCCUCUAGAAGAAGAAGGAACAUCUCACGGCUCUGAUUGGAUAACCGCCUGUGUGAAUGGUUGAAGAAUGUUUUGUAGAAUGCUCUGUUAACAUGUAUAAAUAGAAUAGUGCUUAACAAUAAAGCAGACUAACAGCUUUUAACCA